GUUACUAGUUGCAGAGAAUUGGUUCCCUUUUAAGCUAUACAUUGAUGGAGAACAACCCUAAUUCUUCAAGAACUGAUAGGAAAACCAUAGAGAGGAAUAGAAGAAAUCAAAUGAAGGCUCUCUACUCCAAGCUCAAUUCUCUUGUGCCCCGUCAAAGCUCCAGGGAAUCACUGUCGCUGCCUGAUCAGCUAGAUGAGGCUGCAAAGUAUAUAAAAAAGCUGCAGACAAAUCUGGAGAAAAUGAAGGAAAGGAAAGAAAGUUUAAUGGGAACUCAAGAAAGGCCAAAUACAAGCGUGAGUAGUGGAGCAACAAUGCGCCUAAGAUAUCCAAAAAUUGAGAUUCAUGAAAUUGGUUCAGCUUUAGAGGUUGUUUUGAUAACUGGAUUGGAUAGCCAGUUCAUGUUCAAUGAGACUAUUCGAGUUCUUCAUGAAGAAGGAGCUGAGAUAGUUAAUGCGAGCUUUUCUGUUCUAGACGAUACUGUUUUCCACACAAUACAUUCCAAGGUUGGAGAUUCUUUCCCUUUUUGUGGAGCUGCAAGCAUUUCUGAGAGGUUAAAGAAGUUCGUUCAAGAUGCUAAUUCAUUUUGAAGUUUGAAGCUUUAAUGGUGAAAGUUCUGUGAGAAUUAACUAGUAUGUUUUUCAUACAUAUGUCUAUACUAGGUUUCUGUUUGGGAGGAAAUUUUAUAAAGUAUUGGUAGGUUUUUGAAGAUUUCAAAACUUUAAAUUUAUGUUCGUGAGAAUUCUGGGUUUUUAAAGUAAGAUUUUUUGAGAUUUUAAAAUUAAAAAAAAACCUUUAUUUUAGAUCCACUAAAUUAGUGAGUGGAGAAUAUUUUCUCUUUAAAAUCUAUUAAUAUUUUAAAAACAAAAUUUCCUCUCCUAAAUAAUAAAAAAUUAUAAAAAUUUAAAAAUCAUGAAAAUUUUAUUUUUAAAUAUUUUGUUUAAAAAAACUUAUUUUACUUUAGCUCUCUCAAACAGGACAUAAAGAGAAUGUUAAUAUUAAGAUAGAUCUAUUGUUCUUAUAACUACUCUUAACACUUAAUUGUGAAUCAUUGCAAUGUAAUCAUACUAGAACUAAGCGAAAUGACACCUUGGAAUCCUUUAAAAUUAAGUUGUGUUAAUUGUAGAUUAAUUAGAGUUACCACAUCAAAUCUAAUUAACUCGGGCUUUUGAUCAUGGAUUAAUUUUAUGUUAGUUCUCUGUAUCCUCUCAUUUUUCUUUAUUAUCACGAAUAAAAUUCUCUUGCCCACAAAAUAAAAAAAAGGUUGUAAAUGAAUUGGCAAGGUUUCCAUAGAUGCCUCAUACAUCUAUGGCAUUCCAUGUUCAAUUCUCAAUGUUCUUGAAUUUAUCUGUUUUCCUUGUAUGCAUUUUUUAAUGAAUUGUGUUUCCCACU